CAGAACAUUACAGCUGGCUCCCUUGCGGGAUCGCCGGUAAAUCUGGCGAAGUCACGAAGCGCAGGAGGUGCGGAGGGAGGUAAGAGGCAUACACAAAAUUCAACGUCUACUAGUACAAGCGCCUACUAUGUUGCGCCAAUGCCGGGCGAAAGACCUAUUCCUGGAGACGACUCUCAAACCUCAUCAUUGAACUUUCCGCCCGCAACAUCGGAGGAGCCGCACUCGCCGCCACUGCCCUGGCUCAUCACGCCCAGCACCGUUCUUGCCGACGAGGAAGACGCACGAGACACUUUGUUAUACGGACUUGGUGGCGAGGAGUCAGGUCGCUCCGCUACUCCUACUGACCCAGAGCACGAUGCGGAAUUUCUUGGCGAUGAGGAUAGUGUGGUGGUUGUUCGGGAUACAGCUAAUAGCGCAAACAACACGAAAGUCGGACAGGGCAGGUUAGCAGGGACAGAAGCCCAGCAACAUCCUGCUCGACGCUUUUUCAAUCGCAGGACAUCACGGCAUCCAUCUUCCGCCUUCAGCGAAGGUAGCGCAGAUGUCCCAGUGUCGGGGAACAUGAGAUGGAAGCGACACGUAUAUGCUGAAAGUGGAUGGCCCGGCUAUGCAAAAGGGGAGAGAGCUCUACCAAAUGCAGACCUCGACGUUCUUCAGGAGGGACACGCAGCAACGACUGGGGACCUCGCCUCUUUUGACUACAACGCCCUAGAGGGAGAGAAUGCGGAACAGGAUUCGAUAACUGCUGCUGAUGUAGCAUUACAAAUAAAUGAGAAGCUUCUCGCUGAUCUUGACAUGAAAAGCAUGUUGAUCGCACCUGCGAACUCCGAUAACCGCUCUUAUCCUGUUGUGAUUGAUGGAAAGACCAUGCCGAUCACAGAGAUAAGGAAGCACUCUGCUGGUGCAAGCGGAGAAACAGAUGGUGACAUGAUUGAAGGCAAUUACACUCGCUCGGGUACCGCUAACUACAAGCAAGAACAAGUACAACACGACCAGCAUAGAAAUGCGCUUUAUGUCGAAGAUGACAAGGACAGCAACUACACGAGAUCUACCACAACAGACGGUGAAUCUGAGGGACAGAGCAUGAAUCAAAAGCGUCCAACAACAACUGACUUUGGUUAUGAUCGUGAUCAUGAUCAGACUCGUGGACGUGCAGCACCUCAGCGGCGUCACACGGAGCUGACCGGCUUGGGCGAUUCGGCUCCCUCAAGCCGUGAGCUUGGCCUUCUUGCAACCGAUUCCGACGAGAGGGAGAGCCCUAUCGUGCCGCCGCCAUCGCCACGAACUCCGAGAGCUGUGAAAACGCCGCUUCUAGUUGACCCUGCAUAUUUACCGGACUUUGCAAGGCACCCGCAUCCGAGGUUGGCUUGA